CCUCCCGGCCGGACCUGCAGGAAGGUGGUUUGGCGGCGGACGGAGGGCCCUGUCUCCUGUCCCCUGUCCCUUUAAGGAGGAGGGCCGAGUGCGGCCGAGACAGCAGGCGUACCCCCACCCGCCCGCGCCCUCACUGCAGAGCAGCUGCAGCCCCAGCCGCGGCCGCCCCUCGCUUCGCAGUGUCCGCUCCGGCCCAGGCAGCGAGUCGUCACCAUGGUGAAGAUCGUGACUGUUAAGACCCAGGCGUACCCGGACCAGAAGCCGGGCACAAGCGGACUGCGGAAGCGGGUGAAAGUGUUCCAGAGCAGCGCCAACUACGCGGAGAAUUUCAUCCAAAGUAUCAUCUCCACCGUGGAGCCGGCGCAGCGGCAGGAGGCCACCCUGGUGGUGGGCGGGGACGGCAGGUUCUACAUGAAGGACGCCAUCCAGCUCAUCGUCCGCAUCGCCGCAGCCAACGGGAUUGGUCGCUUGGUUAUUGGACAGAAUGGAAUCCUCUCCACCCCUGCUGUCUCCUGCAUCAUCAGAAAAAUCAAAGCCAUUGGUGGGAUCAUUCUGACAGCCAGCCACAACCCAGGAGGGCCCAAUGGAGAUUUUGGAAUCAAAUUUAACAUUUCUAAUGGAGGUCCUGCUCCAGAAGCAAUUACUGAUAAAAUUUUCCAAAUCAGCAAGACAAUUGAAGAAUAUGCAAUUUGUCCUGACCUGAAAGUAGACCUUGGUGUUCUGGGAAAGCAGCAGUUUGACCUGGAAAACAAGUUCAAACCUUUCACAGUGGAAAUUGUGGAUUCGGUGGAGGCUUAUGCUGCGAUGCUGAGAAACAUCUUUGAUUUCAACGCCCUGAAAGAACUACUUUCUGGUCCGAACCGGCUAAAGAUCCGCAUAGAUGCCAUGCAUGGAGUUGUGGGACCGUAUGUAAAGAAGAUCCUCUGUGAAGAACUCGGCGCCCCUGCAAACUCGGCAGUUAACUGUGUUCCUCUGGAGGAUUUUGGAGGCCAUCACCCUGACCCCAACCUCACCUAUGCAGCUGACCUGGUGGAGACCAUGAAGUCAGGAGAGCAUGAUUUUGGGGCUGCCUUUGAUGGAGAUGGGGAUCGAAACAUGAUUCUGGGCAAGCACGGGUUCUUUGUGAACCCUUCUGACUCUGUGGCUGUCAUCGCUGCUAACAUCUUCAGCAUUCCGUAUUUCCAGAAAACCGGGGUCCGCGGCUUUGCACGCAGCAUGCCCACAAGCGGUGCCCUGGACCGGGUGGCUAAUGCUACAAAGAUCGCUUUGUAUGAGACCCCUACUGGCUGGAAGUUUUUUGGGAAUUUGAUGGAUGCAAGCAAACUGUCCCUUUGUGGAGAGGAAAGCUUUGGGACGGGUUCUGACCACAUCCGUGAGAAAGAUGGACUGUGGGCUGUCCUCGCCUGGCUCUCCAUCCUAGCCACCCGCAAGCAUAGCGUGGAGGACAUUCUCAAAGAUCACUGGCAAAAGUAUGGCCGGAAUUUCUUUACCAGGUACGAUUAUGAGGAGGUGGAAGCUGAGGGUGCAAACAAAAUGAUGAAGGACUUGGAGGCCCUGAUGCUUGAUCGCUCCUUUGUGGGGAAACAGUUCACAGUGAAUGACAAAGUUUACACCGUGGAGAAAGCUGAUAACUUUGAAUACAGUGAUCCAGUGGACGGAAGCAUUUCAAGAAAUCAGGGCUUGCGGCUCAUUUUUGCAGAUGGUUCUCGCAUCAUCUUCCGACUGAGCGGCACCGGGAGUGCAGGGGCCACAAUUCGGCUGUACAUCGAUAGCUAUGAGAAGGACAUCGCCAAGAUCAACCAGGACCCCCAGGUCAUGUUGGCCCCCCUUAUUUCCAUCGCUCUGAAGGUGUCCCAACUCCAGGAAAGGACAGGACGCACUGCACCCACGGUUAUCACCUAAGAAGAUGGGCCAGAUGCGGUACGUCCCUCCACCCAGAACCCGUCCAAGUCAUCUGAUUGAAGAGCGUAGACGGAAACAACAUGUAUUCAACCAGGCUUUUUAGGAUUUGAUUUUCCCACUCACCAGUUGUUGAUGACAGGUGCAUUUGCUGAGGCACUGCCAAUUGAGAUGCUCUUGGGAGCGUGUGGGAAAGACGGAAAGAGGACCUGGGGGCUUCUGCUUAUGUCAGUUCCUUCUCGUGCCCUUCUGCACUGCCGCUGUGCGGGUGUUUGUGUCCUUAGCAUCAGGUACUGUUUACACUAUGAUGUAAGGCGGAGGUGGAGUGUCAGCGAGAGAGGUCAUUGUUCAUCCUUAGUAUGUGCCAAUGAAGUGACAAUGUGAAUUCCUUUCUCCUUAGUGACUCUUUCCCCACAUUUACUGUUUACAUGUAAUCCAACGAGAUGCAAUUUCUGGUGCCUUCUCUCCAAUCAGUUCCUUCCCCAGAGUGGGACGUACUUGUCUACAGAUUUCUGCCUUGUUUUGCAACAUAGUCCCAUUCACACAGAUAUUUUGGGAUAUUAAAGGAAAAGAAGCUGCUA